UUAGCGUUGAGAGUUGCGUGGAUUUAUUUUAUUAUACGAACAAGUUUUUAAGUCGGGUCGGUAAUUUAGAAUGAAAUUGUACGUUUGUGUAUUGGUUGCCAUGCUGGCAAUGGCAGCACCAGCCCAAGCCCUUUUGGGUGCCAAAUUGGCUUUAUUGGGAGCCUUGACAAAUGGUAUUGGAGGUGGCAAAAAUUUAGGAGGUAAUGGUGGUGGUUUCGGUAAAGGUGGUGGAUACGGUAACGGUGGUGGUUACGGUAAUGGUGGUGGUUAUGGCGGUGGUUAUGGUGGUGGUUACGGCAAUGGUGGCUAUGCUGGUGGCAUUAACUACAAUCGUCCUGUCUACACUGGCCAAAAUUCCAACUAUGGUUGGGGUCAACAGACUUAUGGUAGCGGCUAUUCUGGUGGUUAUAACGCUGGUUAUGCCGGUGGUAACGAACAAGUUAUUAAAGUUAUCAAAGUUGUUGUGCCACGUGAACAGCCUCAAGCUUAUUAUGACAAUUAUGCAAGAAGCUCAUCAUCAGCAUCUGCUGUUUCAUCUUCCUCUGCCGCCAGUUGGACUCCCAUACCAGCACCUGCCCCUGUAGUACAAACUUAUGCCGCCCAACCCGUGCAAUCUGUUCAAGUACAAGCUCCUGCUCCAGUUCCUGUCCCUGUACAACCUAUUCAAACCAUUCAAGUUCAAGCUCCCGUUCAGGUGCCCGUACAAGUUCCUGCUCCUGUGCAAGUUAUCCAAGCUCCACCCAGACCUGUUUAUGUACAACCCCAACCACAACCUCAACCUCAAUACCAACCACAACCUCAAUUCAUUCAACGUUCUCAACCCGUCUACCAACAGGUUACCGUACAAAGACCCAUCCAAUAUCCAGUACAACAACCCAUCUAUCAGCAACCUCAACCCCAGCCUAUCUACCACCAACCUCAACCCCUGCCCUACUAUCAUCAACAGCAAGAUGCUCCCGUACAAGCUCCCCAACAAAUUCAAGAAACCGUCAAGACCAUUAAGGUAAUCGUUGAUGGUGAGUCACAACAUGUUCCUGCUCAAACCUAUGGACCCCCUCCACCAGCUCCCACCUAUGUUGCCCCAGGUGUUGGCAACAACGGUGCCUGGAACUCUGGCUCCUGGAGUGGCUCCAGCAGCAGCGGCAGCUCUGGCAACAGUUGGAAUAAUGUUGGUACCGGCCCAUGGAAAAGCGGUAGCAUUUGGGAAAGUCUUGGCUGCUAGUCACAGCGAAGCUUUACGAAACGAGUCUUCCUAGUUUUUAAUCUUAUAUGUAAAUAGGCCUUAAUCAAAUACAAACCUUAAUGUUGUUCUUAUGUUUUCAUUAAUUUUUUUAACACACAAAAUAUACAAAGUUUCCGAACUUCUUAAAUGUAUGACAAAAUAAAUAUAUUUCAAAUACUCCG